UUAGCGGAAGCUGUCCAUCUGGAACUGGCCGCCUCGUCUCGCGCUGUAGUGAAGCUAGCUUGAUAGGUAGCUAGCUAGCUAACUUCAUCUUUACAGGUUUUGUGUCGGCCUGAAAACGGGCAAGGAUAAAGACACAAAUAACUCCAUACUUAGCGGAAGUGGAAAUCCGGUGCAAAGAGGAGAAGAAUGCCGCACAAUUUCCAGCCUGGAGACCUAGUCUUCGCCAAAAUGAAGGGGUACCCCCACUGGCCAGCCAGGAUUGAAGAUGUGGCGGAAGGGGCAGUGAAACCACCCCCAAAUAAGAUACCAAUUUUCUUCUUUGGUACUCAUGAGACUGCAUUCCUUGCUGCAAAGGAUCUUUUUGCCUACGAAAAGUACAGUGAGCGCUAUGGGAAGCCCAAUAAGCGGAAGGGCUUCAACGAAGGCUUGUGGGAAAUCCAGAACAACCCUCAUGCGUCCUACAGCGCCCCAGCUCCGGCCAGCUCAUCUGACAGUGAAGGUAAUGAGGCGGUGGCAGGAGAAGGCCCAGGAAGUGAUGAGGAUGAUGACGAUGAAGAAGCAGUCGUCCCCCGGAAGGCAGACACAGGAAGUGAUGUUGAUUCUGAUUCAGGAAGUGAGGAUCGAGGAGGGGGAGGAGUCAAAAGGAAACCCCCCGCUACAAAGCGGCCCCCUCCUGCCAAAAAAGCGCGUGGCUCGUCCAGUGACAGGGAUGGGGACAGUGGCUCCCCCUCUGACCCAGACCCGUCCCCCAGCUCCGACUCCGACUCUGGGAAGAAUAGCGACCAGGACUUCACUCCAGAGAAGAAGGCACCAGGCAGGGCUGGGAAAAAGGUUGGAGGCAGAGGGAAGAAAAAGAAGGCCACAUCGGGCUCUGACUCCGCCUCCCAGUCGGAUCGUAAAGGAGCGGGGAGCGACUCCGAGGACGACGACAAGCCGCGGCCCGCCGUGUCUGGAUCCGAAUCCCAGUCCGGCUCCAAAUCGGACUCUGACUCAGCCCCGCCUCCACGGAAGGCUCCCCAGGCCAGGAAGAAAGAAAAACCGCCCCCGAAGCCAAAAGGACGGAAAGCCAAACCUGCUCCGGCCAAAGCACCGUCCUCCUCCUCAGACAGCGACAGCGACAGCGAGCCGGACCGCAUCAGCGAGUGGAAGAAGCGGGACGAGGAGCGGCGGCGCGAGCUGGAGGAGCGGCGGAAGAAGGAGGAGGCGGAGGAGCUGCGGCGACUGCGCGAGCGGGAGAAGGAGGAGGAGGAGAAGAGGAAGAAGGACAAGGAGAAGAGCGCGCGGGGCAGCAGCAGCGCCAGCGGCAGCAGCUCGGACGAGGGCGUGGACGAUCACCCGCUGAAGAAGUCCAAGAAGCCCCCGCCUCCCCCGAUCCCCGCCCCCUCCGACUCCGACUCCGGCCCCACCUCCGAGGUGAAAAAAUCUGCCAAGCGCUCAGACAACCAGAAGAAAAGCAGAGGGAAGAAAGAGAAGGAUGGGAGAGACAGGAAGGAGAAGGACGGCAGGGACAGGAAGGAGAAGGAGAAGAAAGGCCGGCGAUCAGAGGACAGGGGGUCCAGAGGGAGGUCCAAGCCUGACAAGCCCAAGCGUAAACCAGAGAGGCCCCCUGAGAAGAAAGUAGAGAAGAAAAAGGAGCCGACCCCAGAGGAGAAACUCCAGAAGCUUCAUACUGACAUCAAGUUUGCACUGAAGGUGGACAACCCAGACAUUGAGCGCUGUCUACAGGCCCUGGCUGACCUCGAGGCUGUGCAGGUCACCAGCCACAUUCUACAGAAGAACUCGGAUGUCAUCGCCACGCUCAAAAAGAUACGACGGUACAAAGCCAGCAAUGCAGUUAUGGUGAAGGCCAGCGAGGUCUACAACAAGCUAAAACUGCAGUUCGUGGGCAAGUCAGAAGUGUUAGGUAAACCUAAAACAGAGCAACAAGAUAAUGGAAAGGACUUAGAGACCACAGACCCGACACCUGUGAAUGGAGAAUCCGAACUCCAGAAAAAAGACGCUUCUAAUGUGGAGGACGACCCCAAGUCCCCCGUCGAGGACGAGGACAAUGACCGUGUGGCACCAAGUCCCAAAAGGCCUAGUCCAGACAGCCCACCAGAACAGCAGAUAUACACUGAUGAACCCCCCCACCAUACCAUCUCGGCAGAGUCCGGACUGCCUGCGAUAGAGAGCUGAAGACACACAGAGCAGCACAACUGAUUUAAACAACCGAAAGGAAAGCUCACUUGUCUGAUACUGCGCUGACCUCUGUCGUUUUUCAAUUGUAUUUUUGUUUUCUUUUUUCUACGACGCCCGGCCCCCGAUUUUUGUCUUGCUCCACAAUACCUUACUUUUUAUUUCCUCCCUCAUGAACUCUAACUUUGGUCUUUCAUAUUGUAUAUUGAGAGAAUCCAUUUUAGCACUUCUGACAGGAAUGUUGGAGGGGAGAGAGAGGUGGAGCCACUGCAAGUCAUGAAUGUUUUAGCUUGAACAUUUUUGUGUUAUCGUGAAAGUUAAAGAAUCCGUUGGCUAUGCUUUAUCGAAGAUAGGCUAUUUGUGUGAGUGUGUUUGUGUUUGAGAUGGUAUGUUUGAAACGGAGCAGUGCUUUAUGUCUGUCUUUGUUGGGUUCAUUUUGUAUCCGGUUCAUUGUUCAUUCUGUCUCCACCACAAAUUAUUAAGCCAUUGAAUGAAGUCACUUCAAAUGUUUUCCAACUGAGGUCCACCAACGUUUAUUUUUAUUUUAUAUAACUAGUGUGUUUUCAGCAUCAGACACUUCUACUUCUCUACUUACUGAAUUCUGUGGAAUUAUAUCCCUUACCAUCUGGUCUUCCCGCAACAUCUGUUUUCAGUAACUUUCAUAAUUAACUGAAUAACAUGUACAGAUUUAAUGAAAUAUUGUAGCAAGUUGUGGAAACGCUAUUCAGAUCCCAUUUCUUUGAAGCCCAUUUAACAUUUGCUUGUUGAACAUACAAUAAAAGUGUUUUUAGUGCUAUGUAAAUUGGUAAAAUCAUUUGUAUCAUUUAGUUGAGACUUUAAUUAAAAUCUCAGCAUGUUGGUCCAAGCCUA